UGUAGAAGGCUUGUAAACAUUCUCCAGUCGGUGUCGCUGCUCGUAGAACGUUCAACCUGUUCGCUGGGCGCUUAGUAGAUAUAAACGUCUACGUCACAUCCUUCUUCCUCUUCGACCACCGCCAUAGUGGGGAAAGGACUGUGGACAAAAUGUCGUCCCACAAGACAUUCAGGAUCAAGCGUUUCCUCGCUAAGAAGCAGAAACAGAACAGGCCGAUUCCUCAGUGGAUCAGAAUGAAGACUGGCAACAAGAUCAGGUACAACUCCAAGAGGAGACACUGGAGGAGGACCAAGCUUGGCCUGUAAACAUGAGGGUCCCUGGAUCCCUGUGUCCUCCCCAACCCAACAUCUGCCCAGACCUCCAGCUGCUGUGCCUGACUGUGGAGGGGGAGCGCAAUGUUAUCUUGUCAUGUUUGAUAAUAAAAGAUCUGUGAUCAAACUUGAAA